AUGAGCGGCCUUCGCUUCCUUGACUUGAUCAAGCCCUUUACGCCCCUCCUCCCGGAGGUGGCAGCUCCUGAGACCAAGGUGCCCUUCAACCAGAAGUUGAUGUGGACAGGUUUGACCCUCCUGAUCUUCUUGGUCAUGAGCCAGAUGCCCCUUUACGGUAUCGUGUCCUCCGACACCUCAGACCCCCUGUACUGGCUGCGUAUGAUGCUGGCCAGUAACCGUGGUACUCUAAUGGAGCUGGGAAUCACUCCCAUCAUCUCCUCCGGCAUGGUCUUCCAGCUCCUUGCUGGUACCCACCUCAUUGACGUCAACCUUGACCUCAAGACCGACCGCGAGCUUUACCAGACCGCCCAGAAGCUCUUCGCUAUCAUCCUUUCCUUCGGCCAGGCCUGUGUGUACGUUCUGACUGGUCUUUACGGCCAGCCCAGUGACCUCGGUGCUGGUAUCUGUGUUCUCCUGAUUGUCCAGCUGGUUGUUGCUGGUCUGGUUGUCAUUCUGCUGGACGAGCUCCUCCAGAAGGGCUACGGUCUCGGCAGUGGUAUCUCCCUUUUCAUUGCCACCAACAUCUGCGAGUCCAUCGUCUGGAAGGCCUUCUCCCCCACUACCAUUAACACCGGCCGUGGCCCUGAGUUCGAAGGUGCCAUCAUCGCCCUGUUCCACCUCCUCCUGACCUGGCCCGACAAGCAGCGCGCCCUGUACGAGGCUUUCUACCGCCAGAACCUGCCCAACGUGAUGAACCUGCUGGCCACCCUCCUGGUCUUCGCCGCUGUCAUCUACCUGCAGGGCUUCCGUGUUGAGAUUCCCGUCAAGUCCUCCCGCCAGCGUGGCAUGCGCGGCUCUUACCCCGUCCGCCUCUUCUACACCUCGAACAUGCCCAUCAUGCUCCAGUCUGCUCUGUGUUCCAACAUCUUCCUGAUCAGUCAGAUGCUGUACUCUCGCUUCUCGGACAACCUGCUCGUUCAGCUUCUCGGUGUCUGGGAGCCCCGUGAGGGCUCUGCCCAGCUCUACGCUUCCUCGGGUAUUGCCUACUACAUGUCGCCCCCUCUGAACUUCACAGAGGCUCUCCUCGACCCCAUCCACACCGCUGUCUACAUUACCUUUAUGCUGGUUGCCUGUGCCCUCUUCUCCAAGACCUGGAUUGAGGUUUCUGGCUCCGCUCCUCGUGACGUUGCUAAGCAGCUCAAGGACCAGGGUCUUGUCAUGUCCGGUCACCGUGAGCAGUCCAUGUACAAGGAACUCAAGCGUGUGAUCCCCACUGCCGCCGCCUUCGGUGGUGCUUGCAUUGGUGCCCUUUCCGUUGCCUCCGACCUUCUCGGUGCCCUUGGCAGCGGAACUGGUAUCCUCCUGGCUGUGACCAUCAUUUACGGUUACUUCGAGAUUGCUGCCCGCGAGGGUGACAUUGGCGCUGGCCUGAAGGGCCUCGUCCCCGGCAGCUAA